GCAUCCAGUCGGGAGGCAUAGUCAAGAUGCGAAAGUCCAACAAUCUCCUUGGUCCAUCGUCGCUGGACCCUCUCAAGCAUGUCAGUAUCACCUACAUACCCUAUGUGCCAUACAACUGAACAAAAUUCCUGCACAGGACGGAUCGAUAUGAGAGGUGAGAAGAGAUUUCAUAAACUCAGGCUCACGGUUAACUGUGCUCUUAAGUAAAUUCGACGAAAUUCCUGCAGCUUUAUUUGCAAGAGAGCGUAUGUGGAGAUGAAACUUCAAUGAAGUAUCAACUUGAACCCCUAAAUCUGAUGCAGACUGCACAAACUGUAAAGGAUUUCCUCUAAUAUAGUAGCCGGAGUACGGGCCAAGAUUUGGAGCAGAUCCUCGGCAGAACCUAAGAACACGGGUCUUGUCCGAGUUGAGCCUGAGCCCCACGAUUCCGCACGUGACACCAGUAGGUCUACAUCUCUCUGCACAGAAGCAAGAUCUAACAUUGUAAGAGAAGGCGUAGUCUUAUUUAUCUUUUGGUAUAUUUUCAGAUCAUCAGCGAAAAUUUUGUAUUUACAGGUCAGAUCGUGAGCCACAAAGUUAAUAUAAAUGAGAAAAAGGGUUGGUCCAAGGACAGACCCUUGGGGAACUCCACUAGUUACAUGCGUAGAAUCACUCUCAGAACCCCCAACCACAACCUCAAUAUUCUACCGUUCAGAAAUCCGUGUAUCCAAGAGAGUAAGGGAUCCCCUAUACCGAUGUGGGAGAGCUUACUGAUCAUAAUGUUAUGAUUUACUAAAGUCAAAUAGUAUAAGGUCGACCAUAUGCCCCUGAUCAAGCCAGCAGGUGGCGUCAUCAUAUGUUAGAAGGAGCUGAUCAUCAACUGAGUGAGCCUUACGUACGGAAGCCAAACUGAUUAGAAUCUAAUAAGUUAUUAUUCACGAGAAAAGAUGCCUUGGGUACCUGGCUAUACAGUAACCAGCAGAUAACAUUAUUUCGUCUGAUGUGGAAAUAUAUUUACAAUUUGUAUCGUUUGUGGUCCAAUGUAGCGUGUUUGAGGGUCGUGCGUGUAGCGGAAAGUUCCAGUUGGCAACACUGCCAGGUGACAACAACAGCACGCGCCGAGGCCCGAGCAGCAUCCCUUCUGGCCCUGCCCAACCAGCCCCCUAAAACACCCCAGAAGAAGAAGACGACGCAGGCUCCACACCCACGGGCCAGCGCUGGGGACCUGCUGGCCAGCGACACCCUCAGCCCCAACACUGCCAGGACAACACCUCCACCACCGCCGCCGGGAAGUCUUAACCUUCUCAUGCAGCAGAAGUAGAGCUCUCACGGGCACGUCCACCCUCGACCACGACCAUGGACCCUAGGCCCUAGGAGGAAAAGACAACAAGGAAAGAACGAGGACAACAACAACACACUCAGCUUCCGCAAAGGUUGGGGCCGCCUCACCUGCAGGGCUGGACAGCAGCAUGAGUGGCCAGGACAAGCAGGAGCAGACUGCUGCAGGGGGCAGGAGGAAGGACAAGCAGGACCCGGACGGUGACAUCAUUAUGAGGCUUGAGUACGGUCUCCUGAACUCCUCGUCCCUGGAGCUGAUUGAGCAACCCAUCACCGACCCGUACGCUCUCAACAGCGCGGAGACGGUGGUGAACAUAGCCAAGGGGUGCGAGGAGGAGGCUUGCAAAGUGGACAUGCAGACCGAGGUGGCGUUCCUGGAUGGCAAUAACAGUUCGGUCGUCAUAGGCAAGAUCAACCGGCUUGAGGUGACAGCAAGCAACAAGGGGGAACACGUGUACCUCCCCAGCCUAAUGGUGAGCCUGGCGCCGCCCCUCGUGGUCUUCCAGCCUCCUCACCAGUUCAUCUUCCACUCCUCCGAGCUUGUGUAUAACUUGACCAACCAGUGAUGAGAGCGUGUGAAGCAGUUUGCCAACCUGGUCCUGGCCCUCAUGAUGCUGUUCGCCAGGUACAAUCACUGGAUGGUGGGCGACAAGUUUGAGAGACUCGCCCCCUCACUGGUGUUCUUCAUGCUAACCUGCUGGCUCAUCGCUGAGUACCAAAUCCACCGGAAGGAGAAGAUGGACAAGGCGGCGGCAGCGGCCAAGAAGUCACCCGCCGCAGCCGCCGAAGGGAAGGACGGAGGAACAGCCCCCAACUCCAUCGCUGGCGGCUCCACAUCUACUCUCGUCUCCUCCUCCUCCUCCUCCUCCUCGCCCUCCUCCUCCUCCUCCUCCUCCUCCUCCUCCUCCUCCUCUCAACAUGGACGGUCGAAGGAGGAUGUUUAGUGUGGUGUUUGAUUGGGGUUUGUGGUUCAGUGUUUUUAUUUUCAUUUGUGUGUGUGUGUGUGUGUGUGUGUGUGUGUGUGUGUGUGCUACCCUGUUUGUAUAAGUAACCUCAAUUCACUGGUAUGUCGUAUGUUACUUUGAUCUGUACGUAUAGAGAAGAUUAUGUCGUUUAAACUAGCAAAAUAUACCGUAUUGUACGGCUUACAAGACACUGCGUCUUGGAAGACGCACCCUAAUAUUGGAGAGAAAUUUUGAGAAAAAAAAAAUGAAGUCAUUCUCACACAAGAACAGCCCCCAACUCCAUCGCUGGCGGCUCCACGUCUACUCUCGUCUCCUCCUCCUCCUCCUCCUCCUCUCUCAACAUGGACGGUCGAAAAAGGAUGUUUAGUGUGGAGGUGUUUGAUUGGGGUAUGUGGGUUGGUGUUUAUAAUUUCAUUUGUGUGUGUGUGUGUGUGUGUGUGUGUGUGUGUGUGUGUGUGUGUGUGUGUGUGUGUGUGUGUGUGUGUG